GAAACACUUCCGCCUUUCGCUUAUUUACGAGAAGCCCGUGUGAAGCGCGAUCGUUAAAAAAAAAAAAGAAAUUUAGAAAACAUGUAAGGAUUAUCGGUUUCUUACCUUUAUUUUCUUUGGAAUUCGAAUCCAAAUUUGAUUUACGCGUACACAUUUGUUUUGAAUGCGGAAUACAGGAAGCGCUACAUGAUGUUUAGUUCAAAGGAUUUGUCCGUAUCUGUGCCUACCGCUUCAUCCGUGUUUAAAGAAAAGCCCUUCGCCGUGGUCAGUCCGAUUCAGAGACCGACACUGAAUUUAGGAAUUUCCACAGAAAACCAGCGCGGUUUGAGUUCUGGCUCUUUGCCAACCUCGCCCGAGUUUGACUGCGACGAAGUUGCAAGCGUAGGCUGCUUCCUGGAGCACAACACGCGAGAGAUUAUCGCCGACUUUUUUUCCCUCUACACUUCUCCUUCUUACCGAUGUGGACGACACAAUAAGGUUUUACAGACGAUGGAGCGCGUGGUAGACAGCCUGCUGGUCAAACACGAGCUCGUGUAUAAAGGUAUGCUUACAAAACUGAAUUUGGAGGAGAAAGGAGAAGACGUGAGCGUGAUCUGUACAGUGGCUACUGAGAUGUUCAAAGACGGCAUCACGAACUGGGGUCGCAUUGCCAGCCUGCUCGCUUUCGGGGCAGUGGUUGCUCGGUUCCAGAAGGAUUCUGGACGAGGGCACUGUGUAAGCCAAGUGGCACAACAGAUCUCUUCCUAUCUCGUGGGUCAUCAAAAGGAAUGGCUCUUGAAAAACAACUCGUGGGAUGGCUUUGUGGAAUUCUUUCAUGUUCCUAAUCCGGAAUCUUCGGUGAGGUCCGCGUUAACGUCCAUUGUUACUGUGGCUGGAAUUGGAGCUGUUCUUGCCUAUUUGACAAGAUGAGAUCCAGUGGACAUCCUGACUGAUUUUGGACUUUAAAGUAAAAUAAAGCACCUGAUGGCGAGAAUUAUAUAUGAAAGACCAUGACCCUAGUCCGGACUGUAUAAAUCCUUAUUGAACAUAAAUGUUUCAUUGUGUAUUUUAUUCCAAGAGUUUAUUUUUUUUAUUAAAAUAAUUCUUAAAACACUAUGUGAUCUCACAAACAUGUUUUGUCCAUUUAAGAAGUUUUUUGCUUGUCUAUCAAGGCUUACAUUUACUAUCUGUAUAUAACUUGCAUAUAUGCUCAAUGCACAAUAAUGUGGUACUGUAAGUGUAUGGGGCUUGUUCCUGGUUGUUCGCUUUCUUGAUUCUGAGGAAUAAGCUGAAGGUGCUUACUACACGUGACUGUAACAAUACACACAUUUGCCAUUAGUAGAACAUUUUAUUAUGUAGGAACUAUUUGGCACCAUUUAUUUCUUUUUUUGUUUUUCAGUUUGGUUUUUGACAGACCUUUGGUUCACGAAGUUUUCUUUUUUUUGACAUAGCACAUCAAUCCUGUCUGCACAUGAGUGUGAAACUGUGGCAAAGCGAGAUCAUGCAAUAAAAUAUUGCUUCCGUGUAA